UAUUGCUUUUGUUCAUCCCAACAACUCCUCCGCACAGGUAUAAAAGCACCAAAAGCUCUUGAAAUGCAUUCAGUUUCAUUGCAAGAUUUAAUAAUUACUCAAGUGACAAUUUGAAGUAUAUUUGAAGAAUGGCUAAAAUAAUGAUAAUCCUCGCUGUUUGCGUUGCCUUGGCAAUGGCGCAUCCAGGUGGUUAUGGUGGUAGUGGAGGUGGUCGCGGUGAAGGUGGUGGACACGGUGGUGGUUACGGUGGUGGUGGCUUUGGUGGACAUGGCGGUGGUGGUGGCGGUUACGGUGGCAGAGAAGGCGGUGGUGGUUACGGUGGUGGUGGAAUCGGUGGUGGUUAUGGUGGCGGUAUAGGCGGACAUGGUGGUGGUGGCAGUGGUGGUGGAUACGGUCGUGGUGGAUAUGGUGGCGGUGGCUACUAAAACUUUUCUAAGGCUAUAAAUCAAAUGUCGUAUUAAAAGUAUUCAUAAAGAAAAAAUAAAAACGGUUAAAAAAAGAA